AUGAAGAUCAAAUUCAGAGACUUGAAGAAGCUCACCGUCGAGGUCGACGCACAGCCCUCGGACUCCGUGCUUUCGGUCAAAGAAAAAGUCGCCGCGGCCAAGGACGUCGACGCGCUGCAGUUGAAGUUCGUCUAUUCGGGCAAGGUGCUCCAGGACGACAAGCUCGUGCUGGACUUCAAGAUCAAGGACGGCGACUCCGUGAUCACCAUGGUGUCCAAGGCAAAGGUAGCCACAAACACGGCUCCCACAAACACGGCUCCCACAAACACGGCUCCCACAAACACGGGGGCCACGAACUCGACAGCCACGAACUCGACAGCCACGAACACGGCGGCCACAACCACGGCGCCCGGCGGCAGCCAGAGCCCCAGCUCGGCCGCAGACUUUGCCGCGGGCCUGGAGCGCGAGGCCGCGGUCCAGAACAUGAUGGAAAUGGGCUACGACAGGCCGGAGAUCGAGCGUGCGUUGCGGGCCGCGUUCAACAACCCGCACCGCGCGGUGGAGUACUUGCUUUCGGGGAUCCCCGCGUCGUUGCAGGCGCCGGAGCCGGCGGAGGCCGGCGACGCCGAGGCUGACCGGGCCGGGCCGUCCGUGGACGAGCCGGCCGACGCCGAGUCCGGCCACCAGAACUUGUUUGACGCGGCGGCCGCGGCGUCCACGGACGACGUGGCGCCGGACGACGGCUUGGGCGGUAUGAGUGAGGAGGGCCAGCUCGCGUUGCUCCGCGAGGCGAUCCAGUCGAACCCGGAGUUGCUCCAGCCGUUGCUCGAGCGCAUGGCGGCCACGGACCCACAGGCCGCGGCCAUGAUCGCCGAGGACCCGGAGGGCUUUGUGCACCGCUUCUUGUCGGGCGAGCUCGGCAUGGAUGUGGACGACGCCGACGGGGGCGACGACCCGGAGGGCGUGGUGCGCGUGGAGUUGUCCGAGCUGGACCAGCAGGCCAUUGCACGCUUGUGCGAGUUGGGCUUCGACCGCAACUUGGUGAUCCAGGUGUACAUGGCGUGCGACAAGAACGAAGAGGUCACGGCGGACAUCUUGUUCCGGGACACCUCCGACUAG